AUGUCGGGGAAGAGUAUAUACUCAAGUUUCUUUCUCUUUUUAUUAGAGCAAAUUUUCCAGAACAUAAAGCAAGAAUAUAGUCGUUAUCAAAGAUGGAGACAUUUAGAAGUUGUUCUUAAUCAGAGCGAAGCUUGUGCUUCGGAAAGUCAGCCUCCCUCCUCAGCCCUCACAGCACCUAGUUCUCCAGGUUCUUCCUGGAUGAAGAAGGACCAGCCCACUUUUACUCUCCGACAAGUUGGAAUAAUAUGUGAGCGCCUCUUAAAAGACUAUGAAGAUAAAAUUCGGGAGGAGUAUGAGCAGAUCCUCAAUACCAAACUAGCAGAACAAUAUGAAUCUUUUGUGAAAUUCACGCACGAUCAGAUUAUGCGACGAUAUGGUACAAGGCCAACAAGCUAUGUGUCCUGAGGCUUUCUGCAUAUCUGAGUACCAGGUUUAACCUCAAGAGAUGGCUGCUGUACACUUUUUGCAACUGGUUUGAUAUCACAUUUCAGCUCCAACUUUGCAUCCUGAGAACACUUCAACGUUUCUGCGGGUCCAUUUUUAUACAACUUGAAAGACCUUGAAACUUUCUGGUUGCCACAAGCAUAUCUUUCUUUUCUGCUCAUCCAAUAAACAGCUGUGCCCUACUGUGAUAGAUUUUCCAAACAAAAUACCUGGAGCAGCAGUUUAGCAAAAUAUGCCUUCAGUGGCACACAACAAAUGGAGUUUCCCCAAGCACAGUUCUGUAAGAAGUGUGUGUGAGAAUGUGUGUAAAUGUGUGUAUGUGUAUUUUAAGUUAUUAUUUGUAUUGUGCAAAAUUUUUGAUCUUGGGGGUUCUGGCUGUGAAUAUGAUGCACGACAAUUAUGGUUAAAAACAUUUGCUUGGUCUACAAAAGAUCAUUAAUGUUUUGCGACCAUAUUAGUUGUAACAGUGGAUUGUUUUAUGUAUAGGUAUUACUGUUAAAUACAGGGACUGUUUCCAGGCACAGAGUAUGAAUCAUAAGUUAGAAUGGAUGUUAGCUGUGAUUGAGAUGACAUAGCAGGGGUCUGCGGUCCUCGGUCUGCAAACCCAUGGUGAGGAAUUCUAGAACAAACUGGAGCGAUGGGCCAUUUGACACACAGACUCUGCCGAGCCCUGUGAGAAGAAUACUUGGACUCCACGCCUUAAAAUACCCACAUGGAGUCUGCGCUCACCUCAUUCACAGUCUGAGAGCUCCCUGGAUACUGACCCUCUCAGGAAGAAAGAUCUCCCCGGGAACAAGGGCAUCAGGGUUUGCUUGAACAUAGCAUCGGUGAGCACAGGACUGGGCCAGGCCCCAGCAGCACUGCUGCUUGGAAGGAAGCCGCUUCACCUUUGUGUCAGUCAUUACAAACAGAAUUUGGAUCCUUGGUUGGGGUCCCCAGAUUCUUUUCAGAGGUGUCCAUGUUCAACUGCUUGGGCUUUGUUUUGGCAACCUCCUGCCUGGAGUUUCUUACAGGCUGUUCUCUACCUGUGCCCAAGGCUGGGGGCAGAGAGUAGCCUUCUUCCAGGCUGUUCUCCACCUGUGCCCAAGGCUGGGGAGCAGAGAGUAGCCUCUGUUUUGAGGAGGUGGAAGUUAUGUAUGCAUUUAUUUUUUACUGUGACUUGUUCAGGACCACAUUUUACAAAAUGCCUUUUUUCAUUUAUUAUUUCUGGAAAGGAAAGUUCUAUUAAAAUUGUUUUAGUUUGAAUAUAGACUAGUUUUUUUAAUUAGGAUUUAUUUUGUGGAAAGAAAAAAAACCUGAGUUUAAUUCAAAUGUAUGUCAAUACCUUCCAAAGUAAGGUAAUAUUCAGAGACAGUUGUUCUGAUCAGAAGGCUUAGAGAAAUUUCUGGAAUAUUCACAUUCGAAGAUUCCUUAUUAAUGAAUGUCUUUGACUUAAAUCUAACCAAAAACUGCAACAUUAUUCUUUGUACAUUUUCAUUAUAUAGUGUUAACAAGCUUAGUUGCAAACAAAUAAAAUACUUAAGCUAUU